GUCAGGCACUGCGGUAAGCGUCCCAGGGGCUAGUAGGACCCUGACCCCAAGAUGGCGGCGCCCAGCGAAGUGGCCGCGGCCACCUCUGGCGAAGGCGAUGGCGAUGGCGGGAGCGGCGGCUUUGGGUUAUGGCUGGACGGACGAUUGGAGGCGCUGGGGGUGGACCGAGCCGUUUAUGGCGCCUACAUCUUGGGUGUCCUGCAGGAAGAAGAGGAAGAAGAAAAGCUGGACGCUCUGCAGGGUAUCCUCUCUGCUUUCCUGGAAGAAGAUUCCCUCCUUAAUAUCUGCAAGGAGAUUGUGGAGCGAUGGUCGGAGACUCAGAAUGUUGUCACCAAAGUGAAAAAAGAAGAUGAGGUUCAGGCCAUUGCGACUCUAAUUGAGAAGCAGGCACAGAUUGUGGUAAAACCCAGGAUGGUGUCAGAAGAAGAGAAGCAGAGAAAAGCUGCCCUCCUGGCCCAGUAUGCUGAUGUGACAGAUGAAGAGGAUGAAGCAGAUGAGAAGGAUGAUUCAGGUGCCACCACAAUGAACAUUGGUUCUGACAAAUCCCUUUUCCGAAACACCAAUGUGGAAGAUGUCCUCAAUGCCCGAAAACUGGAGCGAGACUCACUUAGGGAUGAGUCCCAAAGGAAGAAGGAACAGGACAAGCUGCAGAGGGAAAGAGACAAACUGGCCAAACAGGAGCGCAAGGAAAAGGAAAAGAAAAGGACACAGAGAGGGGAACGAAAGCGAUAACCUUCGCCUAGUCUAUUUCCCCCAUCCAUGAACUUCAUCACACAGCAACUGGUUGUGCACAUGUAUAUUUAAGGGAAAUGAGAAAACAUUGCAAAGUGGUUUCCCAAGGCAUUUCCCCUUUUGUUUACAUGGUCAAAAGGAAAAUCACAAUCACUUUUAAUUACAAAAUGUGCCAGUUUUGGUGGUGUGGGCAGUCAGAUUAUUACAGUUGAUGUCUAUACCAAAGAUCUGGAAUGGGGGCAACCUUUAUAUUUUAAUACUAAAGUCCUAUGCUCCUUUGGCCACUUUAUAAGUCUUCCCUCACCUUCUGUAAAUAGCAAAAGGAUUCAGAAAGCUAACAGCUACAGUUUUCAUCCUGAAGUGGAAACAUGAUCCCUCCUUCCCUCAGAUGAAAUGUGGGAGGUUCAUGCGUUGGAGGCAGUAUUCACUCUUAAAUGUAACGUUGUUUUAUGGUUGAAAUAGCUAAUGAAGAGCCCUCCCUGGCUCCCAGAUUUUAUGUUACAUGGCAGCAAAGUAGGAAAAUGUGAAGAAAUUAAUAGAGGCUGUCCUGGAGCUGAGAAUGAUUUUUAAAAACAUUUUAGCCAAUGGGAGGAAAAGAAGUAACUUAAAAUAGAGAUAGUUACAUGUUUUUCCUCAUCUAGGCUAUUUUUUUUUUUUUGGUAGGGAUGUGUCACUGUUGGAUGCAAGAAUAUCAUUGUUAACUAAAUUCAUUUUUUUACAAUCAUGAAUCCUCUUGAGUGCUAGUAGAGAUUUUAGUACUGAUUUUCCCUAAAACCUGAGUAUUAAUACGUAAUAAUUCCUGGGUUAGGGAAGCUGAGGGAAUUGCCCUUUUAAGGAAGAAACACUGGAAAUCUCUGCUAACAUGAAGAUAUUUGUGUGUACAUAGUAGGCACUGAACAAAUUUAUUGAAUAACUGAAUGUAAAAACUGCUUGGGAAAGUCAAAAAUGAGUAGGAACUCUCCAUUUCUACUCCUGUCACAAGCCACAUUUAAUUAUAAAUAAGGCUCUGCUCUGCUUCAGGUAGCAGACUGUCUAGAAGUCUAAAGAGAACAAUUUCUCUGACAAGACAGAAAAUAGAUAUUUUAUACCAGGGGCUGGCAAACUACUCCCAAAUUUGGCCCAGUCUGGUUUUGUAUGGUGCAAACCAAAAAUGGUUUUUAGAUUUUUAAAGGGUUAGGAAAAAUACGUGACAGAGACCAUAUGUGGUCUGUAAAA